AUGGGGGUCGAAGGAGAAAUGGAGAGGGGAAUGGAGGUGUGGUGGCAUCGUGCAUGGUGCAGGGAGCACCGCCCACCCAGCAACGCCAGAAGCCACCCUCAGCACCAGCACCCGCGCUUACCCCUCAGCACCGGCGCUUACCCCUCAGCACCCGCGCUUACCCCUCAGCACCCGCGCUUACCCCUCAGACCCGCGCUUACCCCUCAGCACCCCCUGGGCGGGGAGGAGCAGGCGGAGGAGGCAGAGGAGGAGGAGGAGGAGGAGGAGGAGGAGGAGGAGGAGGAGGAGGAGGAGGAGGAGGAGGAGGAGGGGGAGGAGGAGGAGGAGGAGGAGGAGGAGGAUCGUGACGAUAACGCGGAUGGUGCUAGUCGGAACGGCUCAGGCCCCAUGUGUUCCCCUCAUGCUGACUCUCGUGCCACGGCUGUUGAUGGGGGCAUAGGCUCGCCGCCUGCUGCUGUGCUUGAUGGCCCUCCCAGCCUCGCCACACGCUCUUCAAUUGAUUCCCCUUCCCCCUACCACUCCCCCUCCCCCUCUCCCUCCCCUCUCCCCUUCCCCGCGCUCCCCCCUCUCUCUCACACGGCAACAUAG